CUGCCCAAACUGAUCAUUUCUUUUUCUUCUUUCUCCAGUUUCUUUUUUUUCUUGCCUGUCAAGAAAUACAACAACAGAAAGACUUUUUCUCUCUUUUGUAGUACAUCAUGGAUGGAAGUUGCACAGACGAGAGCACAACUAGUACUGAUUCCAUAUCGGUUUCGAUCCCUCCGUUGAAUGUCUCUGUUUUUCCAGGUGAUAACAAGUCGCCGGAGUCUUUCUGCCGGAUGGGGAGUGGGACUAGCGUGGUUCUGGACUUGGAAGGUGGGGUGGAAGCUGAGUCUAGGAAGCUACCGAGUUCUAAGUAUAAAGGUGUGGUCCCACAGCCAAACGGUCGAUGGGGGGCGCAGAUAUACGAGAAGCACCAGCGCGUUUGGCUCGGUACUUUUAAUGAGGAGGACGAGGCUGCUCGAGCUUACGACAUCGCGGCGCAGAGGUUUCGGGGCCGGGAUGCCGUCACCAAUUUCAAGCAUCUCCAGGAAACCGGGGAGGACGAAGUCGAAAUGGCUUUUCUGAAUUCGCAUUCCAAACCGGAGAUCGUUGAUAUGUUGCGGAAACAUACUUACGACGACGAGCUGGAGCAGAGCCGGCGGAGCUACGGCCUCGACGGGAACGGGAAGCGCGUCGGCAGGAUGGAAGGUGGAAUCGGCGGCUUGUUUGGUCCUGGCCUGAAGGCGCGUGAACAGCUGUUCGAGAAAGCGGUUACGCCGAGCGACGUUGGGAAGCUGAACCGGCUGGUGAUACCUAAACAGCACGCGGAGAAGCACUUCCCGCUGCAAAACGGAAGCGCCUCUGCAAAAGGAGUGCUCCUGAAUUUUGAGGACAUCACGGGCAAGGUGUGGAGGUUCCGGUAUUCCUACUGGAACAGCAGCCAGAGUUACGUCUUGACCAAGGGGUGGAGCCGGUUCGUGAAGGAGAAGAACCUGAAAGCCGGUGACAUUGUCAUCUUCCAGAGAUCGACCGGACCGGAGAAGCAGCUCUACAUCGACUGGAAGACUCGGGCCGGGCAGUAUUCGGGUCAAUUUGGAUUGGAAAGCCCGGGGGGCCCAGUCCAGGUGGUGAGGCUGUUUGGGGUUAACAUCCUUAAAAUUCCUGGGAGUGGUGUGUGUGACAACGUGGGUGGGUGUAAUGGGAAGAGGAUGAACGAAAUAGAUCUGCUUUCAUUAGAUUGUAGGAAGAAGCAAAGGAUAAUCAAUGUCUUGUAACAUUUCUUUUUAAUUUUUAAUUUUUUUUGGGGUUUUAAUUAAUUUCUGUAUUUUUAGAAUCCUUUUUUUUUGUGAAUUAUGGGGAGGUGUUGGGGGUGAAAGAGCAAGGGAGGUGUUAAUUAGGUGAGGUAGAAGGGAAAAUUGUAUAUUGGAAAAAGAAAGGCUGAAGAAAGCUGGCAAAGAAAAAAGGUGUUAUUAUAUAUGUAAUACAUUUCUUCCAAGAAGAAAAGCUAAAAGCAAGAAAUAUUUAGAAUGGAU